CAUGAGCAACCAUGUUCGGAAGUUGUUGAACACGGAAACGGUGCUGUCAAGUGUCAAUCCCACUGAAGAAGACUAAUCCGGUGGAGCUGUACCUGCCGUUACGCAAGUUGGUAGCCUCAGAAUACUCGGAGAGCGAUGCAGAAAAAGUUGAAAGCGUUCUGGAAACCCUAAACAAAUGGCCGCAGGGACAUGGUGGAGCGAAGAGGGGACCUCUCCCUUCCCAUGCAACGUGACUGCCUCAUCCACUACUCCAAAUGCCUUUCCAUGGUUGAGCCACUCUUCACCUCUCUCUCCUCCGACGCCGACGCCGACUCCAUCAUCUUUGUCUGGUACGACGCCUUCAACCCUGAGCAUAAGGAUGGGGUCUCCUCACAGCGCAACGCCAUCCAAUUGGAGAAGGCCGCUGUUCUCUUCAACCUUGGAGCCAUCCACAGCCAGAUUGCUGCCUCUUGCGACCGUACCACCGCCCUUGGCCGUCACCUUGCAAUGGACGCCUUCAGAAUUGCCGCCAAUUUCUUCGACAUACUCUGGAAGGAUUUUGCCAAGGACGUGGUCUCCGCCACCCUCGAUUUGACUCCCCUCUUCGCGCAGUUUCUGCACUACCUCUUCUCCGCUCAGGCUUCCGAGCUCAAAUUACAGCAACAACUCAACAACAACGACGCCAGUAACGCUUUCCAAAACCACGAAUGUGCCGGGGAGUUUGUAUCGGUCAGUCUUGACGCUUGAUUGAUUUUACAUUUAUUUUUAAUUCUGAUGAUUAUGAUGAUGAUGUAGGUUUAUGGGCUUUAUUUGAGUGCAUGUUUAGUGAUAUCUAAGGUUUCGGGUGCCGCUGUACGGAAACAUGUCUACUCUAUUGACCGAACCUGGGUAACUCAUCUUCGCCAGAAGAUGAAAUUCUUUCAGCCGGAGGUUCGUCAGAGGAGGAAAUCAUCCUUCCUACCCGAAUCCGAGGGACCUGAUGUAUACUCAUGGGUCACAUCUUGUGCUCCUGAUCAUGAUGCAGAAUGUGUCACUGAGAUAUUAGUUAGAGGGUUUUGCAGGGGCUCGAUGAUGCCCGUGCUACCAAAAAAUGAACAAAUAUGCAUUGACCUGAUCCUCUCAGAGUACAACCCUUUCAAGCUUAUGUAGGAUGGAAAGCUGGUGGCUUACCCAUGGGACAUGCCUCCUCCUUAUCCAACAAAUUCGGCAAUUCUCUCAUCUUCGGUGUCUUCUUCGCCGUUCUCACAUAUUCAUGCACUCCUUCCUUUGAAGAAGAGUGAGCCUUUGAAUCUCUAUGAGUCCCUGCGCAGUUACUUUGUCCUCAAAUACUCUGAGAGCAUGGCAAAGAGAGUAGAAGGCCUUGUCGCAAUGGUACACAAAUUGCGCAAUCAGAUGCUGCGUGAUGACCUUUCUUUGCCCUUUCGCCGUGACUGCCUCAUCCGUUAUUUCAAAUGCCUUUGCAUGAUUGAGCCUUUCUUUCCUAUGAAUGGCUCACCCAACCCACCUAUCUUUGUUUGGUACAAUGCAAUUGACCCGUAACAGGACUCUUCUCAACAUAACAUCCAUUUGGAGAAGGCCUCUGUUCUCUUCAACCUGGUAGCCCUCUGCACCCACAUUGCUCUCUCCUGCGAUCUCUCCACCAACCAUGGCCAUCGCCUUGCCAUGGACGCCUUAAAGGAUGCUUUAACUUGGAUCUUUUGACUGUGGUUGAAUUCUAACAAUGUAUCUGGCACGUUUGACUUGUCCCAACAAUACACCAGUAUGAUAAACAAUGAGAUUGACAAGUUGAAAUUGAAGUUUUGUCAUCCCCAAUCUGAUGUAUCAUCAUUAGCUGGAUACCCUUUGUUUGAUUGAAAUGAUGCAGGCUUCAACUUAUGAUCCGUCGAGUGAUGUCACCGAACAGUUUCUUUUAGGGUAUUGGAAGGCUCACUCCCUGCUUGGAGUGUUUUGUGAAGCACCAUGCUUGGACCUUCUCUCUGAGGUUAGCCCUGUCAAGAUUAAGGAUGGAAAUCUUGUGGCCAAUGCAACCUGGGAGGCACCAAAUUUGGCAUUGGAGAACAUGAGCUUGCAGGAGACACAACAUUAACAUUCCCGUUGAGAAAAACUAAACAAGCUUUAGAAAUGGGAAAUGAACUUUUUUACUUUUUUUUAAUUGGAUGUUGGAGCUUUGUUCGUUGAUGCUAGAACUCUUCUUAUGAAAUAUUAUCCUCGUGAUUUUGUUGGUUGA